AGUCCAGGAAGAACCAGAGCAAAAUGGUGGAUUGGUUACAAUGGUGAUACAUUCAUGUGAAGUAAUUAUUAACUUUAGAUAAUAUAUAUGCCUAUUAUAAUUUGUUCAGUAACUAGUUCACAUGAAGAAGAGAACAGAACAUUGCAGUUUCCAUUUCCAUCAGAUAAAGAGGGACAAGGAGAGGAAAGGGGAGGGGAGAGUGGGGUGUGGUAAUCAAUGUUUAAAACCAACAGCCCAUCCCUCUCUUCCUCACUCCCUCUCUCUCUCUUUCUCUGACUGUCCAACUCCUCGCACAACUUCGUCACCAUGUCACAGGUCCAGCAGGGUAUGGCAUUGCUCAUCUCAGCCUUCCACAAGUACUCUGGCAAGGAGGGCGACAAGACGACCCUGAGCAAGGGAGAACUCAAAGAUCUGCUCAAUGCUGAGCUUGGAGAGAUCAUGGGGAAAAACACUGACCAGGCAAAGGUUGACAAGAUUUUCAAAGAUCUGGACGCUAACUCAGAUGGCAGUGUGGAUUUCCAGGAGUACGUCACACUGGUGGCCUGCCUCACCAUGGUGUGCAAUGAGUUCUUCACCAAGAAGUGAAACAGCUCCCCCUGCCCACUCUCCACAGAACAGCAGCUCUUGCUCCAUGAGUGAAUUCAUGAUAAGAUUAGCAAGAUUCUCAAUGCAGGUUCAGAGGGUCAGAGAUGCAGGUUUACACACAUACACAAAAAAGGGUUGGGUUGAUUAUACACACCACACAUAGACAGGUGAAGGACACAGACUACAAUUUCAUGAGAUGGAGAGGAAGCUCUUUUUACCUAACUAGGCAAGUCAGUUAAGAACAAAUUCUUAUUUUCAAUGACAGGGUAGGAAAAGUGGGUUAACUGCCUGUUCAGGGGCAGAACGACAGAUUUGUACCUUGUCAGCUCAGGGAUUUGAACUUGCAACCUUUCGGCUAGUCCAACUCUCUAACCACUAGGCUACCUUGCCGCCUUUGGUUUGUUUGAAGUGAAAAACGAAAUAAACUAUUUUAAUAUGUUUUGGAAGAAAGCUGA